CCCACUGUUUGUAACAUGGAAGAUUGGUCGAGACAAAAGAUUGCGUGGAUGCAUAGGUACUUUUUCUGCCAUGAAUUUGCAUUCAGGACUCAGGGAGUACACACUUACCAGUGCCCUUAAAGACAGCCGUUUUCCACCAAUGACAAGGGAUGAGCUGCCACGGCUUUUCUGCUCGGUUUCUCUGCUCACUAACUUUGAGGAUGUCUGUGACUAUUUGGACUGGGAGGUGGGUGUGCAUGGCAUUAGAAUAGAAUUCAUCAAUGAAAAAGGAUCAAAACGCACCGCCACCUACCUACCGGAGGUUGCAAAGGAGCAAGGAUGGGACCAUAUUCAGACCAUAGAUUCCUUAAUAAAGCUGACCAGGUACCGUAGUGAAAAGAUGACCUUGAGUUAUGCUGAAUACCUUGCUCAUCGCCAGCAUCAUCACUUCCAAAAUGGCAUCGGGCAUCCCCUGCCACCAUACAACCAUUAUUCCUGACACUGAGCCGCACAACCAGUCAUUGGGCCUCUCUGCAGACCUCUUUCCAGGAGACCCUACACCUUCUUGGUCUAGCUAUCUCUUUUACUGUACCAUUUUAUGAUGAUAGUUUCCGUUGCCAUGGUGAAGCUUCGACAUUGUCAGUUAAGACCAUCAUGGUAACGGGUAGGAAAAAUGGCAUUUGUUAAGAAGAUCUUGUUAUUAUUUUAGAUCCUUGAUUUUUUUUGCAGCACAUACAACUUUUGGAGUUUUCUUUCCUUACAAUAUUAGGUAUAUUUUUGCUUUACUAUCCCAGUCGGGUUUCUGUCCUUUUAUCCCUUCCUCCUUCCUUCUUUUGACUGUGGAUGGAAGAAAGUAUGCAGUUUUUGAGGAUUUAGUAGGUUUGUUUUAGUAUUUCUCAGUAAGAUAGUCAUUUUUGAUAGCUGAGUUGGGGAUUAAUUCAUAACAAAUUCGGGUAUUUGUAUAUUACUCUUGAAUUUGUGUAAAAUUCUCUUUGCUAUGACGGCUUUGUAUUUGAGUCAAGUACAUGUUUUUCCCAUGGUUAAAAAAGUGAGCUUUAGUUUAAGUAAACAUUCAAAGGUCCAUGAUAGGGCUUGUGACAGAGAACAAGAAACUGUUGACGCCUUUUGUGCUGGUUGUGGUAGAAGAGACUGACCAAUCAAGCUAUAGAACCAAUUUCCAAACUAAAUCACUGUUUUAGAAAAGCAUAAGCUACCUUUCCCAUGGGCUGCAGGAAUCAUUUUGAAAGGCAGCAAAUAUUAGGAAGAGAUCAGAUGCAGAACUUAGUGCCUUUGAGAAGACUAUAAUUAAGUCAAAUUAAGAGGGGUUUUAAAAAGGCAAUUUAGAAGAAUAUUCUUGUAAAAUUUUAUUGUUUCUAUAUAAGAAACAACAGAUUACACAAAUUCCUUACUCCAAAGUAUUUUUUUAGUGAAAAAAAUUAUUUUGAGCAAAUAACCAAAAAGACAUUUGUCUAUUUUAUAUUAAUUUAAAUUUGUUAGCUUUAGGUUUCAAUGAGUCAUAAUUGGUAAGAGACAACUUUAGCUACUAAGACAUGAUAAAGAUAAUCUAGUGAAAAGUUCCUUCAUACUAUGACUUCAGAUUUGUCUAUCGUGGAGACAGUGCUGUUUCCGAGAUCCUGUAAAGAGUUUGAAUCUCUUUCUGCACUACAUACUUUUGAUAGAAACAUAUUUCUGUGUUGACAGAGAUUAUGUUGGACCUGUGAAGAUGGAAUUCAGAUAUAUUACUUAGAGUCUAC